GUUGUUUCCCUGUCCGGAGCUCGCGCGGCACAUCCCGGUGUCAUCAUCAUCAUCAUCAGCGGCACACGCGGAGCCGACUGCGUGCAUGUGUGUGUGAGGCUGCGCUGCUGCACGAGACCACUGCAGCAUUCGGCUGGUGCCUCAGAACCCAUUUUAAAAACUAACGGCUCAAAACGAGACGGAGAAAACGGACAGCGGCGGGAAAACUGACGUCCUUCAGGUAAAGAGUUUGGUGGCCAAAAAUCCAGCUUUCCCCCUCUCUCUGUCCUACAUGUCUUCUCUCCUUUUCUGUCUCUCUCUGUGAUGCUGGGCUGUGGCUGACUGUAUGCCCGUGACCAGACUGAAGCUGGGGAAGCUAAAGGUGGUGCGGCGGCAGCUGCUGCAAAGGUAUGAACACCAGCCAUUUGUCUCCUGCCUGGCUGGCCUCUACGGCUGCCAAUGGAGACGAUACCAAAGAGCCCGGGCACAGCCGGGAGAGUGCUGCUGCAGCAAGGUGGAGUGUGGCAGCUUUGGCCUCCUGAUCCUCACCUUUUUCCUGAGUUUUGUGUUCCUCUAUUUCUGGAGUGAAGCCCAGAACGACUACAAUGACUUUGACUGGUUUAACUUUGGGAAUCUUGGGUUCUGGUUCCCCUGGUCUCUGGUCCUGCUGAUUGUUGCUGCGGCUCUCUUCACAUACAUCGCUCUGCUAUUGGUGCUGGCGGUGUGUUUGCUGUCUGAGGGCCAGAGGUUGUACCUUCACUGGAGCCACAAGUCUGGUAUUGUGGUGACGCUGGCGUUCUCCGUCACAGCCACCGCCAUCCUCUCUGACCUCUGGAGCAAAGAAUGGAAGACUCUCCUCCUCUCUCUGCAGGUCACAGCACCUUACCUACAUGUUGCUGCAGUGUCAUUGAUGGCGAUUCUUUCCUGGCCAAUAGCAUUACAUUUCUUUCGCAUGAACAAGAAAGUCCGUCAGGUGGCCGUCCUGGGACUCUUUCUGUCCGUGCUGUUCUCGCUCUACUUGGUUCCUCUGGGAAUGUACUCGCCCUGCAUCAAAGAGGCGGGAACUCUGGGACCUGCCCCUACUCUCAUUGGGCACAGAGGAGCUCCAAUGCUCGCUCCGGAGAACACUGUGAUGUCUUUUGAGAAGGCAGUGGAAGCUGGAGGAGAAGGACUGGAGACUGAUGUCACCAUCAGUUUUGAUGGCGUUCCCUUCCUGAUGCACGACUCCACCCUGAAGAGGACCACUAACAUCGCGGAGGUUUUCCCAAACAGGACACACCUCGACGCCUCCAUGUUCACUUGGACCGAGCUGCAGCAGUUGAACGCUGGUGAUUGGUUCUUAUCGAGGGAUCCGUUUGGCACCGUGUCAUCCCUCUCUGCGGCAGACCGCUCCCAGGCCCAGAACCAGUCUAUUCCCUCACUGGCCCAGUUCCUGGAGGUAGCGGCCCAAAGUGGUAGACUCGUACUGUUCGACCUGCGCAGGCCACCGCUUGGACACCCAUACAGUCAGUCAUACAUCAACACCACUCUACAGGUGGUACAGGCCCACAUCAACUCCUCACAGGUCCUGUGGCUGCCAUCUGAAGACAGGGACCAGGUCCAGGCUGUGGACCCACACCUGCAGCAGACCUCUGGAGAAAAGGCUUCUAUCCAGGAGCUGACAGACGGACACAUCACCAGACUGAACCUGCACUACAGCACCAUGUCUCAGCAACAGAUCCGAAAGUACCAGUCAGUGAACAUCAGCACUAACCUGUAUGUGAUCAGCCAGCCUUGGCUCUACACACUGGCCUGGUGCGCUGGAGCGCAGUCCGUGACCACCAACUCCAUCCACAUCCUGUCCAACAUCAACAAGCCGCUGUUCCUGAUGACCCCAGAGGAAUAUAGUCUGAUGUGGAUUCUUACUGAUGUGGUGUCAGCCUUCCUCAUCACUGCAAUUUUCAUAUUCCACUGGUGGAGAGAGCGAGGCCUGCCCUUCUGGUCCGGCAGCCGGCAGACUCACGAGAAUGGACUAUACAGCAAGUUCAGGACAGAGCUCAGCGAUGUUUGGUCCAUCUCCAGCGUCACUGUCCGGCCUGAUUUACGGAGUAUGCCUAAUUCACCCAGCACCCCUCACCUGCCCACCAUCACAGAGGAGUGAGAAGGAGGGAGAUUAAAAAAGGAAGGUGCAAGUCAGGAAAGGACAGAUAAGAGAUGGAAAAAGUCCUUGUUGAGAGUGUGAUGAAGGCCUGUCAAACUCUCUGAUCUUAAGCUUUUGUUAUUUAAUUAUUGUUGCUUAUAAUAGUCAGUCUAUUAUUUAGCAUCAGUUUAACACCCACACAAUCGAUGUGGAUUGAUGGGACUUGACAGACAGUGUGAGCAGCCAACACAGCGUUUGUCAUCACAUUUUGAUGGAAAACUCCGAGCAGUGCACAGAAAUUUGUGACACCACCUUUUAACAAACAAAUGAAAAGUAAAAAUGUUUGGAAGUCAUGACAGAGAGAGCAGAAAGUAGACGGCACACUCUAUUCUCCAUCUGUCAUCCUCUCGGUCUGUGGGUGGGCUGCCUGUAGAAGACGAACAGCUGGAAAUAAAAAGCCUUCAUUCAUUUCCCAUCAGAGAUGAAGCAAAUGGACUGUGGACACGCGCCCUGGGGGUGUCCGUUUCCAUACUGUAAUCUCAUGAUGCCAUUAAAUUCCUCAAAGUGAGGACAGUUAAACAUGAGGACGUUUUCAUUUCUGGUCAUUCGGCACUGCUGGUGGAACGACGUGAGACGCUGAGCUUCACCGGUGAAAGAACAAAAUAAUGAACGUCUGCAGCUGCAGUGAUCCAUCAGUCACCUUUGCGCUUUGUGCGUCUGCUCGCUGAUGAAGGACCAAAUGUUGAUCAGAGAAUCUCAGAGACGCUCUGUGAUAAACUGUAAACACAGAAGAAAUGAAAUGGACUCUUACAUAUGAGCUGUGCUUUUUCAUUUUCAGCUGUACAGACAUCAGGUGCAUCAGACAAAAACCUUAAACCAUGUCUUAAAUUAUCAUUUGUGUGUGUCUGUGAAUUGCUAGAUUCAGUGUGUGAACUCGACACUGUUGGACUGACAGAAUGAAUGUAAACCAAAGGCUCGGGAAGGGUACAGUUCAUCUAUCUGUGUACUAAAGUGAAUGUAAUAUUAAGUUUCCAAAAAGUAUGCAGAUUUUUUUGGCUGUAUGUCCAACAUGACAUUUUUCCCAGGGUCAGAUCUCAGUUUUACCACCGUGGGGAAAAAGUCAUUUUAAUUAGUUUAUAUAUACAUAUAUCUCUAUAUUAUUGCUGGUUAGCUUAAUUAUAAGUACUAUAGCAUAAUUAAUCAGUAGGUUUAUUUUUUUUAUAGUAAUAGUCUAAACCUGCAAUUAAUAACUAGAGCUUUAAGAUAAAUGUAGUGGUUUAAACGUCCUUCUGUAGGCUCCCCCUGCAUGCUGCAGGCAUCACUGCUCGAGAGAGACAGCGGCUGCUGUCAGCCUGCAGAGGUUUACAAGGAAUCUGCAAAAUGUAAUGAUGGUGACAAACUAAACAUUCAGUUUGUCUGCAUCCAAUCAGCUUUUGUUUUAUCUUCUUCUUAUUUCAGUCGCUCUGUCACCGUGUCAAACACACCUGGCGGUGGAUGGUACCAGGUGUGAAGUUAGUUUUGUAGAUCAAGGACUCUCAUUGACUUUUUACCUGUAAUGGUUUUGAAUGUGAUUGGGUCAACGUGCCACUCACAGCCCUUCAUCUUUGCUCCCUGAGAAUGUGUGUGUGUGUGUGUUAGUUAAGUCUUUUACAGUUUAUGGAUCCAUCAGUUUGCUGGGGUCCACUUUGGUCCAGGUGAUGUAAAUUUUCUUAUCUGAUAUAAAGCAGGAGUCUCCGUGUGGAGGCCUGCGGGGGCGGUUGGGCAGUCUUUGAGCAGACUUCAGAGACAUUAUGAAUGAAUACCCCUCUGUGAUGUCUGCAGCUGACUGUGUAUAUUCCCCACCACUGCCCUGCUGCCCUGCACUCAGAUUCAAACCCAAGUCUGCUUCAGUUUGCCAAAACAAUCACUCUCACAAGCUUUUGAAAACCCCUCUUGCACUGCAGAGAGGUUUAACUUUAGUGGCUUGACUGAAGCAAUUCAAACGAACAGAGUCGCACCUCUUCCAGGUUAGGUGAUCACAUGGUUAAACAGACCUGAUGUUGGGGGUUAUUGUGGAGCAGGUGCUGCAGAUCCACCAAGAACAAACUUGUUUAUGUUGUUGUGUUGACUAAAGUGGGGGCUGAAUCUAAAUCUAAGCUCCUAAAUCCUUUUAACCGUCCGCAUGGCUCUAUUUUAGUCACACUGCCUCCCUCAUUGCCUCUCCUUUCAGCAGCCUUGUGGACUUUCUUUGAUGUGAGAAUACUGACUGCAAGAAAAGUCUGUUUGUCAGUAAAACGUGCCAGCGGCACAAACUGCCCGACACGUGGGGUUUUUUUGUUUUGUUUUUUUUAACUUGCUGCUGGUAAUUUUAUUUUGGUGUCUCAUCAGUGCCAAGUGUGGUAUCAGUGUCAGAGAAACCAGACUACUUUAAUGAGGUGAUAAGUGCAGUAUCAGCUUUGUCUUCAAAUAUAUACACAGUAUUUCCUGGCUACACACUGAAUCUGUACUGUGUCUUACUUAAACUGAUUUCAGCGAUGAAAUGCAGAGCGUCUUGUCAGCUUUGCAGGUGUGAAAUCUGCAGGGUGAUGCUGCCUUGGCUUUUCUGCUGUAAGUGGAUUUGUUUUUCAUCACUUUAAUCGCACAUCAUACGUAAAUGUGCCGGAUUCUUAUUUAGAAAAUACAAAAUAGUUUCUAAAAAUUCUCCUAGAGGUGACUCAUUAUGCUAAAAGUGCAGUCUUUGCUACAAGCAUAUGUUUAAUGGACCAAUUUCUGUGUAGAAAUGUGAGUAAAAACAAAACACUGAAAACCUGUCGACUUGCCGUAAAAAGUAAUUUGCUGUUUGUUUGUUUUUUUUGACCUCCAGUGCUUUUAUCCAUCCUUUAUUUGCCAACUCCCGUCUCCAGUGCUUUAUGUCAGUGUCUGCAGGCUCAGCUCUAAACAUUCAGGGUGAAGAGCAACAGGACAGAGACAGUUUUGUUAGCUUUGACCAAUCUUGUAUGUUACUCCCCUCCUGUCCCCUAAUCAGGGUCGUAACACUGAUAAUGAGAAGUAAAUUAAUUGUCUCGUCCCUUAAUCAAGGCACAAAAUAAGACUUUGUACCCCUCAGCAGUAAAAGCCUGAUGGGACAUUAUCGUCACCCUGCCGGGCAGGCCGGUGGCAUAGUCACAGUUUGUGGAGGAGAACGAAGCAACAUUGAUACCACGGGUGCAUCUUCUGGGAGGUUGAGGGUAACGCUGGCAGCUGUCGUUAUUUUCCUAUAGUGUUAAAAUCUGCACAGUUUUCAGUAAAUUCACAGCUGCAGACUUCAGUAAAUGAUGAUUCAUUUAAAUACUCGCCUCCAAAAAUCUUCAAAAAAGUCAGAAUUAAAUAGGACAGCUGAAAUCUACCAGUUAUAUAUGCAAUGAGGCAGUUGAAGUCUGACACCAGGUGUCCUUAGCAAAUUCAAACGGUAGUUUUCAAAAGAGGGUUUUGUGCCAAAUUUCUCCAAUUUUAAUCAAUUCUGAGAUUUGAAUAAAUGAUUUUGUUGGAAACUUGGAGCUGCUCUCGAGUAGACUUGCAGCUUUCCCUGUUCUGCACCACACUGGACUCCACUGUAAUCUGAAUGUGUAGUUGGUGUUUGACAGUGGCUGAUCUGCUGUGUAAGCUUGAUGUUUUAACUAGUUUCUGUAAACAGCCGUUUUUAGUUGAGAGUAACACUCGAGCAUCCAGAGGAACUGCAGGAAUUUCACACUAGAGGUUACAGACAGCAUCAAAGAUAAAUCUGUGCAAUACGUUUAUCAACAUGCUAAUUGCAAAUAAAAUCUACUCAAGAUCAUAAAAACGUAGUUGAUAUUUUGUGACUUUUGACCAAAGAAAGCUACGAGAGUAGCUUUGUGCGAUUGAUGCCUGAAAAUACAGUCCAUCCUAUUUGUCUUACGGUGCUUGCCUGCUUAUAGCAUUUAUGGCGAGACCUGGAUUCUUUGUACAGAAAUAAUUAUCCUCUAAUCAUUAAUAGGUUUUAAAAAAUCUAUUGUUAUCACCAUUAAUGGGCGGACAGACGUGUUUAAGUCGGCAUGUGUUUUAGAAACCCCCUUUUCUGCCAGUUUUUCAGUUAAGAAAAAAGUCAACAAGCAGCUGGGCACACAGCGCCAUCAGCAGGCAGUCGGGUCGUCACACUUUGGCCCAGCAGUGGACCCGUUUUACAAGCAACUCUGUUACAGUUUAUGCUAGAGACAAAAUUCAAAUGGUUCCUGAAAGAUGAGAACUGUCCAGCCAAAAUUACAAAAUGAAUUCAGGCAUCCUGUUUGAUACUUUAGGUGAUAAAGUUUAAGACUCACUGAGACUUCAGGCCUCUCCAGGUUGAGGGGUUAAACCGUCCAAAACAGGCCACCUUUAAUGAAGACUGAUGAUCUGGAUUAUCUGGUGCUUGGAAAGAUUUUGUUUCGUAGUCAGUGCAGCGUCUCUGCUUUGCUGUCUUCAUUCCUGCAGGAGUGCAAACCUUUUUAAGCGGGUACAACUGAGGCUGUCUGUUAGUAGUUUGGUACGUCGAUCCUGGAGGGGUCCUGUCUGCACACUGAGGUUCUGUUCAUUGGCUGCUCUUUAAAUGUGACUCAUCUUUUAAUGUUAUGGAUGUAAGAGACAUUUACAGGCAAAGUGGGACCUCUGAGGUGUUAAAUGAUAAAAAUCAGUGAAAAGAGCGAGAGCAUCUAAAAUCUUAUGUAUCGCUUAGUGUUGUUUUUGAAUAAUGAGCUUCAUACUUGGUGCUGAGAAGUGAUCUGUGAUAUAAUGUAAUAUUAUAAAACUAGUAUCAUAGUUCAGAUGCUAAUCUUUCAAAAUGUUAAAUAUGUUUUGGUUUUUUUACAUUGUGCUGUUCUGACCUGCAAUAUUUUAUUUUAUAAAAGGCAAUUAUUUUGCUUUACUGUAACUUAUCUAAUGAAAUGCUGCCGU